UUCCCCAUUCUCACAACCAAAGGAAUCAGCCAAGAAGCCCACCCGAUCCCUCCUCGCCUCCGGCUCCGCCUCCGUUCCCCGGCCGGAGACCCCCGAGAGCUAUCUUGCGCGCCGUCGCAGGAACCAUGGGAAUGGGGCCGAUUGACGCCGCCACGACGGCCGUGGGGUCCGCGGCGGCUAUGGAGGCCGCCGUCGCCGCGGCCACCGCGGCGGGGGGAUCGUACGCGCUGCUGCAGUGCGGCGAGGACUCGGAGUACGUGCGCAAUGCGUACGGCGGGUACUUCGAGGUGUUCCGCGCGCUGCUGGCGGAGGACGGCGAGCGGUGGCGCGCCUUCCGCGCCGUGCGCGGGGAGCUCCCCUCCGACGCCGAGGCGGCUUCGUUCGACGGGUUCGUCAUCUCGGGCAGCUGCAGCGACGCUCACGGCGACGAGCCGUGGAUCCUCGCGCUCGCCGAGCUCAUCCGCCGCCUCCACGCCGCCGGCAAGCGCAUCCUCGGCGUCUGCUUCGGCCACCAGAUCCUGUGCCGGGCUCUGGGCGGCAGGACCGGCCGGUCCAGCAAGGGCUGGGACAUCGGCGUGAACUGCAUCCACCCCACGGCGGCGGCGGCGAGGCUGUUCGCGCCCCUGAAGCUGCCGAUCCACAUGCCGGUCAUCGAGUUCCACCAGGACGAGGUGUGGGAGCUGCCUCCAAAAGCCGAGGUGCUGGCCCGGUCUGACAAGACCGGCGUCGAGAUGUUCCGGUUCGGCGACGGCGUCAUGGGCGUCCAGGGCCACCCUGAGUACAGCAAGGACAUCCUCAUGAGCAUCGCCGACCGCCUCCUCCGGCGCAACCUCAUCCUGGAUUGCCAGGUGGGUGUGGCGAAGGCGAGCUUCGACGUGCGGCAGCCCGACAAGGACCUGUGGAAGAAGGUGUGCAGGGGUUUCCUCAAGGGGAGGCUUCAGUCGCAGCAGAAGCAGCAGCAGCAAGUGGUGGUGCUAUAGGAUCGGCUCAGGAAGUUUGAGGAGGAAACUGAGAUGGGAGUUGGGGAGCUUGGAUUAACUGAUCCUUAUUUUCUGCUUCAGAGUUGUACAGAAACUAUUUAUCCGAAGCAUUAAUAAGAGAAGGAAAAAAAAUGGGUACUUUGUUUAGCAA